UUGAACGAAACGAACACAAUAAAUUUUUCAAAUUGUGUUGAUUUGAUUUGACUCAGGCAGGAUCUCGUUUUAUUGGGGCGCUUUCAUAAUAAUUCUAUUUGUAACGUAAAUUGAACUGUAAUGUGAUAUUAUUUACAUUAAUAAUGAGUGCUUAUUUUGUAUCUUUAAAUGUGAAAUAUGGAAUGCGAUGAAUCUAACAGCCAUAAUAUACACUCGCAGAACGAUUCUGAAAAUGCAGAUACUGUUGAAAAGAACACUGAGGGUAGUCCAAGUGCAGUGAAUUCCAUAAUACUGGAUUAUUAUAAGAAGUUUGGAAGAAAAAGAGAUUUGGAACAGUAUUUUUCGUUAUCCACAGCGCAGGGUGAGGUUCGGGACCCAACGGGUUUGUUUUGGACAAGGAUGAAAUCUCAAAUUGAUUCCUCAGACUCGGGGGAAAAAAAGAGUGAAUCCUCUACAGAGCUUUGUAGAAUAUCUAUCAAGUGUACUGUGCCAGAACCAUCUGCUAGUUCUCCGGAAGAAGAGUCUAGAGACAAGAGUGAGUCUGUUUCACCACCAAUUAUUACAGAAGAUGUGACAAAAUAUAGUGACGGAGAAGAGUCAGCGAAGUCGGAUAACCAUUCACAAAAAUCUAUUGAUUUCGGUUUGGACACAUCAAUGAACAAACCAUUUUCACCAACAAGCAGCAUCACAUCUCAACGGAAACUCGAAUGGGACUCCUUAGCAGAUGUUGGUUAUGGUAAUGAGAGUGAUAGAAAGACCUCAGGUUCAGGUUUAAGCACCUUGGAAAAGCUAGCUUUAAAGCAACAGUAUUCAAAUAAUGAUACUAAACAAGACACUGACUUGGGAGCACCAACUGCACAUUCUACCUUUCUUGAUCAAGCUCAGGACAAAAUUAAAGACAAAAAGAGUUAUACAAAGAAAACUACUAUUCAUAAUCGAGACAUUGAUCUGGUUAAGGUUGAUUUACCCCAAGGUGAAAGUCACCAUCAGGCAAUCAGUGUGAACUUGACAAAACACAUUUCUUUUAAUGUUGAAAAAGAUGGUGGCAUUAGUAUAGGAUGUGUCAAAAAAGAUUUAAGAGUUACACCAGAAAAGGAAAAUUUGAGUCAAGCCCCAGAGUAUAAAGAUCUGAAUGUGACUCCAGAAAAAGUUUCUGUAGACACAGAAGUCACAUCACAAGUGAAAUUUGACAAAGAAAUACAAACAACUUUUACACUAAACAAAGAAACAGCUGGUCCAAGUGAAGACUCAAAUGCAAAACCAGUAUAUGUUCAUAAAGUGCCAGUUUUAAUCAAUUUAAAUACAUUAAAAAAGAGAAAUAAGAAGAAGAAACUUAGGACUGUUAAAAAGAGAUUAAAAGCUAGAAAAAGGUCAGAGGUAGACAAAGAGAAUGUACCAACACAAGAAAAAAGUGGAGCUCAAGUAUCAGAAGCCGAGAGUUUCGAAUAUAUGCCUGGUCAUAUGUAUAACCAAAAUCAAAAUCAAAGUGACCCUAAAUUUUCCAGUGGUGCUGGCAAUAAAUCCAGCCUUGAGUCUAGUGGGGCUCUCACUACAGAUUCAAGCAAGACAUUCAAACCUUCUUUCACAAAAGAUCUGGAGAAAUGUAUAGACAUGCUCAAAGUAGCAUUAAAACAUCGCUAUGAUGAUAAAACUUUGAAGAAAAAAUUGAUUACCGAUAUAGUGCAGAGACUGUUAAAAUCAAAUUAUAGGGAUGAUGACACCACAACAGAUUUUUUGUCAGGCUUGAGUUUUGGUAGUAAGAAAAUUGGUUUAAGCGAAGGACAAACAACAUCUAGUACAUCUGACGGGAAUCAAAGUGGAGAAAAAGGGAAAUUACCAAAGAAAUCAAUAUUAAGACUGGACAGAUUUAACUCUAGCGGGUUAGCUUCAACAUCUCAAAGUGCUCCUAAUCUACCAGUCGUAUCUACAAGUGAGAAACCAAUAUCAUCAAAAUUACCCAAAGUAUUUUCAUCAUCUAAUACAGAAUCUGAUGUGUCAAGUAAAAAGAAUUCUUCAGAUGUUGGUUUUGCUAAAACAUCAUCAGAAGAAUUAUAUCAAAAAUAUUUGGAAGCUCUUAAAAAAGAAGAGGCAUACAAAAGACAUUUGAAAGAUAAAGAGAAUUUCCUUAGACAUAAGCUAGUUAGUAGUGAUGCUGCCUUCAAAAUACCUGUACGUUCAAAUUAUAAAGGAAAUAGUAAGUUGCAGGAUUUACUUAAAGAUCUGACAAGAAAUAAUUAUGAUGAUGGGUCUGGGGAUGCAAGUAAAUUAGAAGGAGGAGUCAAUUCUUAUGUAACAGAUUAUGAACAAGGGUUUGUUACAAAGAAUCAGCAAAGUCAUUCAGUAUUUACUCUAUCUUCAGCAAACUCUGAUUCUUGUCAGCAUAGGAAAAACAAUUUAAAAAAGAAAUUGCAGCAAGAAAUCAAAGAAUCUAGAGCUGGUGGUAGCAAAGAUGGUCCAUGUCAGUGUAGGCUACACAUGAAAGCGCCCAAAAUUGAUGUUGCAGACAGUAGUGUGCAAGUGAAUAUACAGAAUAACGGUAAUUUAUCAUCUCAUGAGCACAAAAAGCAAACUAAAAAUGAGGGUAGCUGUAAAUCAUCCCCACGAGAAGCACCCGACACAGUUUCAGAUAUAAAGUAUGUAUGUUUAUGUGCCGAACAUAAUCUAGCUGCUCAAGGAUUACUUCCUAAUAUGUACAUAUAUAAGUGUUCUAGAAUCACUGAUGAGGACCUCGACUCGCCAUCUGCCGCCACAUGCAAUACCCCAUAUAAUAACAAUAAAAGUACCUGCUAUCAUGUUAGUCAACCUUCUACUUCUAAAGGUAGAGAAGAAAUUAGUAGUAAUAACAAAAGAGAUGGUGAUAAUACAGUUUAUUUAGGUUUUGGUGAUACAAAAAGAAAUACACAGUCAUCCCAAACUAACGUCAAUAUGGCAACUCGCCCUGGUGUUUGUGGAAAUAUUACAUCAUUGGACAGCAAAAGCAGUCAUAGGUCAAGGAAAUGUGAUCAGCAAAACAUUUUCUUACAUGAAGCAACUAGAUGCAUUCAAACUGAAAUAAGUAUUAAUACAAGAAUUUCAGAUCCUUGUUUGAAUGACAUUAACAUUGUCAGUGAAAGGGAAUGCUGCACAGUGGUUAAUGAAAAUUAUAGAAUGAUUUCAAAACCGAACUCUGACAAUGAGCUCAAUAAUGUCACUGAUUGUUGUGUUGAAAACAAAGAAUCUGAUAAACAGGUUGUUGCUAAAGAUUCCCAAACAGAUUGUAAUCUUUGCAUCAGAAGUAAUAAUUCAAAUAUUGCAAGAACUUUAGAAAAAGAGGUUCAAUCUGAUAUGGAAAUCAAUAUUGAACCUGCUUCCAGUGGAACGUCAGAAAAAAAUGAAGAUAAUUUUUCAAUUCCCAUAAAAGGAACUAACAUGACAUUGCUAGUUAGCAUCGGCGCGAAUAGAGCCCAAAGCGAUCAGAAAACUAGUAGAGAGAAAGUUUGGGAACAGAAAAAUAGUAGAACAGUAUGCGAGGGAACAACAACAGAAGAAAUAAAUGUUGCCGAAAAAGCAACUUGCCUUACAGAGGAAUGUUCAAAAGGGGUGCAGUCUCAGGAAACUCAAAUAUUUACUCCAAAAAGACAAUGUGAUAAUUCAUGCUCUUCUGUUAAAAGCACAACUGAAUGUUUUCCAAUUAAAGACAAGUUUAAUUUUAUGAAAAAGUCAUGCAUUGUUAACACUUGUAUUAUUGAUAAAAAAGCUGGCACCUAUCCUAGAACUGUUCAGAUAAAUGACUCUAAACCUAGACCUUUUGUUCGUAGCAAUACAGAUAGUGGUAGAUUUAUAGCUGCUUGCUACGAUCUGGGAAAUGACAAUGAACCUGAUAUAGGGAAUUCUGCACAAGAAGUACUUGGUUGUGGAUGUGCGGAAAACAGUGGAGACACCUAUGGUCAAGAAAGCAAGGACGUGGUUACCUGUGGAACAUCAGCGUCUGCACAAUCGUCUAAAAACUCUUGUGACUGCAAAGACCAAAGAGAAGCUUCAGAUGGUUUAGCACCUAGUUGUAAAUCUAGCUCCGAUAGUAGCAAGGAUCCCAUAGUGGACAUAAUUAAAGAUAUAACAAGACGCUAUUCAAAGAAGGAUGUUGAGAAAAGCAAGCGCAAAAAAUGUUUUAAAGAAAUUGUGACUGUUUUGAAUUAUUUACUGGACACUGACGACGGUGAGCAAAAUCACGUUAUAUCUGACAGCAGUUCUUCACGUGAAAUUCAUUGUCGUGAGGCCAUAGCGAAAACUAGUCUUCACAUGGAGAUCGCCUCUAGUACAAAACCUAUUGAAAUGGUUGAUAAAGGCGUACAAUUAAAUACGAGGAAAUCCAAAGAAAGUAAAUGUUGCGUAACAGAAUCGUCGGAAUUACCGUCAUCUUCUGAUACAGCAACCUGUAGAGUUUUAAAUAAGAUAAAGAAGGAGUGUGAAAAAUAUCACCAAAGACGAUGCAAAUGUAAUAAGAAGUAUGAUCUGUCUAGUAGCACAUCGAAUUGUAACCAGUGCCAGCAUGUGCACCACUGCCACUGUCGAUCUCAUAAGUGCAAAGGUAGACCAAAGAUAACGGAAAAGGUGAAGAAGAAAUGCUUGGCUUAUAAUUUGAUAAUACAGACAUCAGACAGUAUGGUCAGUGAUGAGAUCCCUAGUAAAAAUUGUAAGCCAUUACAACAUGUCGUUGUCAAAGUACCCCCAAAAAACAAAAUAGGUGCAAACGCACCUUUCAAGGAGGUUUAUGCGAAAAUCGAGAAAAAUAUACCAAGUACAAGCCCUCGUGGGUCUUUGUACCGUUCAAGGAGUUGUCCGAAUGAGAGUGAGGUGUCCAGUGAGUGUAACUGUACACCUGAGGAGUGCACAAAGAAAUGUAAAGGAUAUACAGUUAGGGAUUACUUGGAGAAGAACCGGCCAGAUUUCGUCGAGAGGAGUUCAGAUCGCCAGAACUGUUUGAAGACGAUAAGUGAAAAGAGAGCAAAUGAACGCGCUGCCAAGCGGCAGUUGCUGUCACUGCAACUGGAGCAACCACUGAGCGCAGCAGACGACGAUGAGCUGCGUCAGCUCGCCAAGGAGCUGGGGGCUCAGUUGAGGCGGAAGAAACUUGCCCCUAAAUUUAUAAGUGAAAAAGAAAUGAAGAAGCAUUCAGAGAAAAUUUACAAAUCACUACCCGAAGUAGUUGAAAAAAAGGAGCGGAGGAAAAAAGAAAAUAUUAAAAAGACCAACUUACUGAUGGCUUAUAUGUUUAAAAAGAAUCUCCAAAAGAAUACACUUCGUGGCGCUGUAAAUCUAUCAAAUUAUAGUACUGUCAUAAAAAUAUGACGCGAAACCACACUGGUGUUCAAACAAUUGUUCCAGUGUUCAAUGUUUUUGAUGUAUAUUAUUAAAUCCAUGUAUUUUUAAUAACGAUUGUUAAUUUUUCAUUGUCUUUUUGCAAUUAAAUGUUUUAUUUUUAAA